AUGGGGCGGCGGGGGAGCUGCCCGACCCUGCUCUGCCUUCUCUUGCUCCUGCUCCAGGCUAGUCAUUGGCUGUGUGAACGGGCAGCACUGUGCCAACCUGGCUUCACCAGGGAGACCUUCACCCUCACCAUGCCACGGGACAGCGUGGCAGCAGGACGACCACUGGGACGAGUGAGUUUUGUGGAGUGCGGGGAGCCGCGGCGUGCAGCGUACCUGUCAGAUGACACUCGCUUCAAGGUGAGCAGGGACGGCGUGGUCUCAGCCACCCGGCCCCUGCAGCUCAUGUGGCAGAUCAGCUUCUCUGUCCACACCUGGGACAACACAGGCAAGAAGCACUCGGCCAAGGUGACCCUCCGCAGGCGGUGGCACCAGUACCAUCGCCACCAGCACCACCACCACCAGCACGAGGAUGUGGCACCUGAGGUGUUGACCUUCCCUGAGCCUGGCCAUGGCCCGCUCCAUCGGCAGAAGAGGGACUGGGUCAUCCCCCCCAUCAACUGCCCCGAGAACGAGCGCGGACCCUUCCCCAAGAAGCUGGUGCAGAUCAAAUCUAACAAGGACAAGGAGACCAAAGUCUUCUACAGCAUCACAGGGCAGGGAGCUGACACCUACCCCGUGGGUGUCUUCACCAUCGAGCGGGAGACAGGGUGGCUGGAGGUGACCAGGCCGCUGGACCGGGAAGAGAUGGAUAAGUACUACCUCUACUCCCAUGCCGUGUCGGCCAAUGGGCAGUCAGUGGAGGACCCGAUGGAGAUCAUCAUCACCGUGACAGACCAGAAUGACAACCGGCCUGUCUUCACCCAGCAAGUCUUCACUGGCUACAUUGAGGAGAACGCAAAGCCAGGCACGUCCGUGAUGACCGUGAGCGCCACAGACGCCGACGAUGCGAUCAAUGUCAACAACGGCAUCAUUGGCUACUCCAUCCUCAGCGAGGAGCCCCAGAGCACGCAGCAGAUGUUCACCAUUGACCCGGAGAAGGGUGUCAUCAGUGUCAUUGGCACGGGGCUGGACCGGGAGACCACUCCCAACUACACGCUGAUCAUCCAGGCUGCAGACCAGGAGGGCACUGGCCUCACCACCACAGCCACUGCCAUUGUGGAAGUCACCGAUGCCAAUGACAACCCUCCCAUUUUUGACCCCACCAUGUAUGAGGGGGCAGUGAAGGAGAACGAGGCCGGGGCACUGGUGACACGGCUGCAUGUGAAGGACCGGGACAUGCAGGGCUCCCCAGCCUGGCAAGCUGUCUACCACAUCAAGAGCGGGGACCCAGAAGGCGACUUCACCAUCACCACCGACCCCAAAACCAACGAUGGCAUCCUGAGAACUGCCAAGGGCCUGGACUAUGAGAGCAAGAACCAGUACAGCCUGGUGGUGACAGUGGAGAACGCAGUCCCCUUCACCGUGUCCCUGCCACUCUCCACGGCCAGUGUCCUGGUGGCAGUGUCAGAUGAGAACGAAGCGCCUGUCUUCGUGCCCCCACUCAAGAAGGUGGAGGUGAGGGAGGACCUGCCAAAGGGCCACCAGGUCACCUCCUACACAGCCCAGGAUCCAGACCGGGACCUGAAGCAGACAAUCACGUACCGCAUGGGCAUCGACGCCGCGGACUGGCUGUCCAUCGACCCAGAGAAUGGCAUCAUCACAGCGGCUAAGCCCCUGGACCGCGAGUCGGUGCACGCCAUCAACAGCACCUACGAGGCCCUCGUCCUGGCUGUGGACAGUGCAUCACCACCUGCCACCGGCACUGGGACACUGCUGCUCCUGCUCGAGGAUGUCAAUGACAAUGGGCCCACGCCAGAGCCACGGAGCUUUGACGUCUGCAGCCGGCAGCCUGAGCCUCAGACGCUGACCAUCGUGGACAAGGACCUGCCCCCCAACACCUAUCCCUUCAAGGCUGACUUGAAGCAUCGCUCCAAUGUCAACUGGACUGUCAGGGUGACUGGACAAGACACACUGGAGCUGAGACCGCUGAGGGAGCUGGAGCCAGGGGAGCACACCGUGUUCCUGGAGCUGUGGGACGCGCAAGGGAAGUCACAGAUGACACCACUUAAAGUCCAGGUCUGUGACUGUGAAGGGCCAACCAAGAACUGUGAGCGACGAGCCUUCGUUACUGAAAGCCUGGGUGUCCCUGCCAUCCUGGGCAUCCUGGGGGGCAUCCUGGCACUGCUGAUCUUGCUGCUGUUGCUGCUCCUAUUUGUGAGGAGGAGGAAAGUGGUGAAGGAGCCGCUGCUCCCACCUGAAGAUGACAUGCGGGACAAUGUCUACCACUAUGAUGAGGAGGGCGGUGGUGAGGAGGACCAGGAUUAUGACCUGAGCCAGCUGCACCGGGGCCUGGAUGCCCGCCCAGAGGUGAUCCGCAAUGAUGUGGCCCCCCCGCUGAUGGCCGCCCCACAGUACCGGCCCCGUCCCGCCAACCCUGAUGAGAUCGGGAACUUCAUCGACGAGAACCUGAAGGCAGCUGACACAGACCCCACGGCCCCUCCUUAUGACUCACUGCUGGUAUUCGACUAUGAGGGCAGCGGCUCAGAGGCCACCUCGCUCAGCUCCCUCAACUCCUCCGACUCCGACCGCGACCAAGACUACGACUACCUCAACGAGUGGGGCAGCCGCUUCAAGAAGCUGGCCGACCUCUAUGGGGGUGGGGAGGAUGACGAUUAG